AUGGCACGACGAGGACCAAGGCUGCCGCAAUUGCCGCCUUGCAAACACACACCCAAUGCUCUAACCGGCGCCGACGAGGACGAGAUUGCUUCGAUCGAAGUGUUUGCAUCGUCCAUGGAAGACAAAUACUUUAACGCAAUGGUUGAACGUUCAAACACGAAUGCACAGGACGCAUGUCCAAGUGAAACCACGCAGGCGGGCAAUCAUGCCCAUGCGUUUUCAAUUCAAUUGAUGGAGCACACUAUCGCGUUUCGAAGCAAGGGCGUGGCGUAUCAAACCAUCUUCGACGUUUUCCUGGGCAACUUCUCGACGAACAUAAAGGAUGUUGCGUACCGCCAAUUUAUCGAUGCGUCACGACAAUUUGCAGCCGUGCCAUACCUCUUGCGGCGUGGGGAGUUUGUUGUCAAGGCGGACGAGGCGUUCCCCAAGCCUGUUUGUCCUGCAUGCACCGGGGACGGAUCUACUACUGCAGGGCCAAUUAUAGCGGUAUAA